AUGAGUCCCGAGACUAUCCGUCUACUUCUAAGCGUCGCAAUCGCCAAUCACCACGAGAAUAUGAAACGCAGCGACAACAGGCUGCAGAGGCUAGAGAUUGUCCGAGUCGACCGCUCGACGAGGACAAGCACAAUCAAGCAACAGGGCACCUACGUAGCGACCUCAAUAGCUGGCUGGGUGAUCCUCAUCUCCCUCCUUGCCCUUUGCAUCGCCACGGGCCUCUAUCUUUCUUCAUCAUUCCUCAUCGUGGUCACCCUGACUGGUAUUGCAAUCCACAUAGCCCACAGCUGCGAACCGCGAAAGCUCGGGAAGCCAGUUGGUAGUAAUUUCAAGCGGCUCGUCAUAGCCGCUCGGCACAUGAACGAAACAGAGUGGCAGGUCUUCUUCGGAGAGAGCACCGUCAUCAACUCACUCCUGAACUGGCCUCUGCGCGCGAAGCGAAGAUACAAUUUCGCCCCCGAGGCCAUCACCAAGAACCUUCUACGGCUUCUCUUUCUUUCGCAGUGGGGCUUGGCGGUGGGCGCGGCUACUCUCCAAGGUUGGGACGCUUUUGUCAUUACCUUCUGGAUCAUGGUGUGUAUUGUGGUCAACUCCUUUGUCUUUGCUUCAGAUGCUAGAGUGGGUCACUGGGCCGAGAUGCACGCUUUAAGCGACGGCUCAGCCAAUGCCGCCGGGAUCAGGAUGGAGCGAUUCGUCGCAGAACUGAGCUCUAGAAGGGCUUUGCUAAACACUAUUAUGGCGCUGAACCCGGACACUAUCAUAGAAGGUAGCGCCCCGACGGAAGGAGGGCAGAACCCACUUGUACUCAAUGAAGAGGCGUUGAGGUGGAUGGAUCAAAUCCUAAAGGUGUCUGCAGACCGGGCCAGAUGGCAAGAAGCGUCACUUUCUGCGAUGCUGGAAGAGUCCUCAGCUAUCAACAGGACUUCAAGAUCUGUUGAUGGUCCGAAACCUGGUGAGGGCUGGCAAACAGGAUACGAAGCCGAAUAUUGGGCGCGGUUCAUACCAGAAGGCAUCCAGAUGGCAAAGAAGAUACGCAAAGAAGCGCAGCUCUAG